CCGUGAGAGGGUGGACUACGGGCUCAAGCAUGGAGGGGCCGUCGGUGCCGACCGGAGUUGAUGGUGGAUCCACUACGGAGAGGGUCUCUACCUUACCAUGGUCUCUCUUCACCAAGUCGCCACGUAGACGCAUGCGCGUUGCCUUUACCUGCAACGUUUGUGGUCAAAGAACCAUUCGGGCCAUCAAUCCCCAUGCAUAUACAGACGGAACUGUAUUUGUUCAGUGCUGCGGAUGCAAUAUUUUUCACAAACUUGUGGAUAAUUUAAACCUGUUUCACGAGAUGAAGUGCUAUGUGAAUCCAAGCUUCAACUACAGAGGAGAUCCAAAUUGGAAUUUGGGGUUCAAGUUCUUUGACGAAAAUGAUGAUGGUAGAGAAUUUCCAAUCUGAAGUGAAGAAAUCACUGGUACAGUGUAUAUUCAUCAAUCAUCACUUAUUCUCAUCACUUAUUCAAAUCCUUCUUGUAUAUAGAGUAAAAGACCUGUUAGUUAUUGGGUUAUUUGGGGUAGUCCAGACUGUGUAGCUUUUUAGUCAUUGGGUUUUUCUUAAGCCAAACAUUGUAUCACUCACUUAAGUUGACAUAUUUACGGGAAACAUAAACUUGUUGUUCAGUUGAUCUGCAAGUCUGCUUAGGUUUUGUUUGUAGGUUUGUCAAUGCUUAACACAGCGCAACAUUGACAAAUGAAUCUUUAGCUUUGUUGGUUUUGGCUAGCUUCUAAUUUGUAUUGUUGGCUUUGUUGCACACCUAAGCUUGGUUUUUCCUUAAAUUUAAGAACUUCUGAGACUGCAUUGUAAAGUGCAAAUGUCUUUGAUGUGCAUUCUUUUCCCAUUGUGAUCCUUGGCUUACUUUCUGGCACAACAUGCCAUAAUACAUGAUUAAUGCAUCG